AGUCUCUCUGGUGCUAUUCCAAAGUCAAUGGAGAAGCUCAAAGAUCUAGUGUAUCUAAACCUGUCUUUCAAUGAUCUGAGUGGUAAAAUUCCAAAUUGUGGACCUUUUGCAAAAUUUAGCAUGGAAUCAUUCAUGGGUAACAAGGAGCUAUGUGGAGCUUCUCGAUUUCAUGUCAUGGAAUGCAAAGAAGGUAAAGGGAAACCGAGAAACAUUGCCAUAUUUCUCAAGUAUGUUUUGCCAUCUCUUGUAUCUGUGAUUGUUUUUGUUGUUCUACUGGUUUGGAUGCUUACUUUCUGGAAGAGAAACAAACGAAGGGAACCUCGGGCUGAAGAUUCACUUGAUGUUGCACUCAGGAGGAUUUCAUACUAUGAAAUUCUUCGUGCUACAGAAGGUUUUGAUGAGAGCAACUUGAUAGGCAGGGGGAGUUUUAGCUUAGUGUUCAAGGGAACUUUUGUUGAUGGGGUGAUUGCUGCUAUAAAAGUCUUCAAUUUGGAUGUGCAAGAUUCAAUCAGAAGCUUUGAAGUAGAGUGUCAAGUGCUAAGGAAUAUUCGACACAGAAAUCUUGUCAAAGUAAUAACCAGUUGCUCCAACCUCGACUUCAAAGCUCUGAUUUUAGAGUAUAUGCCCAAUGGGAGCCUAGACAAAUGGCUAUAUUCACAUAAUUAUUUCCUAGAUAUCUAUCAGAGGCUAGGAAUAAUGAUGGAUGUUGGGAAUGCCCUCGAGUACUUGCAUCAUGGUCAUUCUUUUCCUGUGGUUCAUUGUGAUUUGAAGCCUGGCAACAUUCUUUUAGAUGAAAGCAUGGUUGCACAUGUUGGUGACUUUGGUAUAGCUAAGCUACUGGACAAAGAUAAGGCCACUAAACAGACAAAAACCAUGGGCACAGUUGGAUACAUGGCUCCAGAGUAUGGUUGUGCAGGAAUAGUAUCCAGCAUGGGAGAUGUAUACAGUUUUGGGAUUCUACUAAUGGAAGUAUUCACGAGAAAGAAGCCCACAGAUGAGAUGUUCCAUGGAGACUUCACCAUGAGGAAAUGGGUGUGUGAUUCAUUGCCUGGUGCAAUAAAGGAGAUUGUUGACUCCAAUUUACUGACAGGAGAAGAAGGUGGGCAAGAAAUAGAGGAGUGCUUCUUGAUGGUCAUGGAGUUAGCUGUAGAAUGCACAGCUGAUUUUCCAGAGGAGAGGAUUACCAUGGAAGAUGUUGCAGGAAGACUUAAGCAUACACUGCACAAGUUCACCCACAAUACAUCUUGAUCGAGGUCCAAUUCGCCAUGCAGUAAACUAGUUUGCUUUCUUCAAAAUGGUGCUCAAUAUUUGGAUUGCUUUUAUUGGUUUCUAAUCAGGUUUAGACUGCUGCAUAUUUUAUCUUAUUUUGAUCGUUAGAAGUUUAUACUAAUUUCUGUGGUGUGCACAGAAAGGUAAUUACUAAGCAGAAACUCUUUCAUACUGCAGUCUGUUGGUGUGCAAAUUGUGUUUCAA